AUGGCCGCUGCCCGUCUCUGCCUUGCUUUGCUGCUCCUGUCUACCUGCGUGGUUCUGCUGCUACAGCCACCGCUGGGUGCCCACGGGGCCCCGCUGGAGCCAGUGUACCCAGGGGAUAAUGCCACGCCGGAGCAGAUGGCCCAGUACGCAGCUGAGCUACGCAGAUACAUCAACAUGCUGACCAGGCCCAGGUAUGGGAAGAGAGACCAAGAAGACAAGCUGGACUUCUUGGAGUGGGGCUCCCCCCAUGCAGCUGCCCCCAGAGGAGGGGAACUGGCGCCACUUGAGAUGGUUGGGAGAAGGAGCCCAGGGUGUGCUCUGGAUGGGUGGGAACCGGGGCCGUGCUCCUCCUACCCCUAG